UGUGAUUCGUUGCUAUUCCCCCUAAUUGGAUCAAGUACAUACUUGCUUAGCUGGGAGCAGCCUAGGAAGAGUGCGUGGACGAUACCUCACAGAGUGGGAGAGAGCGUGUAGAGAGAGAGAGAGAAAUAGUAAGAGAGAGAGAGAGAGAGAGAGAGAGGCUGAAGGGGAGGGAAGAAAAGAGGAGUGUCCUUCCGCGUUGUACGAGCGUGUUUCUCUCUCCACUAAUGAUCUGUUUCUCCGGCGCUGCUGAGAGGAAGGGCACCUGCUGCUCCCUGAUGAUUCAGCCCCUCUAGGCUGCUGCUUGAGCAGACAGACAGACCGACCGACUGACAGACAGACAGACAGACAGCAUGUCGCUCCUGCCACUGCAGUGCCUGUCUGCUGUGUCCCAUCCUCUGUAGCCGCAUCCUGCCCAUAGCGUUUCCACAGCAGCCGGCUCCACUCUUCCAAACCUCAGGUGAGUGAGCACACUACUGGCCCUACCCAGGGAACUGUACUGAACUCGACUGAACCAUGCCAGAGAUCUAAGGGAAGAAACCUCUUCUGUCUUCUACUUUUGUUGUAGCUCAGAAUUUGAUGGUUCUAUUUCUGGACUUGUUUUCGUGUGUACACGUUUCCCGUGAGAAUGCCGUGAGAGCGAACCUGCGAAGAAAAACUAUUUCUCCCCGGCACGGAAGUCUUGUCGGUUUACUUCCCAGACGUUAACAAGGUUACCCCACACUGCCGUGAUAAAGCAUCCUCCUUCUCCAUCUCCCACCCAACCCCCACCACUGUGAUCUGAUAAUGGACAAUACACUUUACGAUACCAGCCAGCUGCCGUGCUCUUUGAGUUGAGAGUACAGGCGUCCAGAGAUCCUUCAUUCAGAGAGAGAGAGAGGGAGGAUGACUGAGGGAGUAGAGGCGGUGGACUCCUCCGCCGGACUGGUCGCCCUUCCCAGAUCAGCAUCCCCCACCCUCUCCUGCGCCGAUCCAGGACGAGCCCCAGAGGAGGCUGAGUCUGCAGCAGGUGGAGAGGGCGGGGAGGAGGGUGCCGAGGGAGGCGACGGAGGCCGAGCAAGGCCCCUAGGAUUCUUGGGCUUGGCAGGGACCUGCUGUGUGUGCGUAGAGUUGGAACAGGUGCGUGUUUGCUUGCGCUCAGAGAAGAUCUGCAUCCUCCCCAUCCUGGCCUGCCUGCUCAGUCUGGCCCUUUGCACCGCCGGCCUCAAGUGGGUCUUUGUGGACAAAAUCUUUGAGUACGAGCCGCCCACCCACCUGGGCCCAGAUCGCAGAGGACAAGACCCCAUCUAUGUUGACCCCACAAGGGAUCUGCCAGUGUCAUUUCCCCAUCCCUCCUCCCCUGUCCCCACACCGACGACGACCACCACCACAGGACAACCUGAGGUCAUAGUAGAGGGAAAACCCACCGGAGGACCCAGAGUAACUCAAUACACCCCUACCUCUGCAUUGAGGUACCGCACGGGCCUGCCCACACAGCCUGGGCCCCCUACCACCCCAAAACCAGUGAGCAAGGGAACGCCAACCGCCUACUCCCAAACUACUGUGGAAUCUAAUGACAUUAUUGUCCCCAAGUUCUCUGCCACCAGCACCACCCCUGCAGCAAAGACCUCCAGCCAUAUGACGGCCUGCAGCGACAGCGAGAAGAACUACUGCGUGAACGGAGGGGAUUGCUUCACCCUGGAGGUCACCCCCGGCAGCACCAAGUUCCUCUGCAGGUGUCCAAAUGAAUUUACUGGUGAUCGCUGCCAAAACUACGUAAUGGCCAGUUUCUACAAACAUCUUGGGAUUGAAUUUAUGGAAGCAGAGGAGCUGUAUCAGAAACGUGUAUUAACAAUAACAGGGAUCUGCAUUGCACUCCUAGUGGUUGGAAUCAUGUGUGUGGUUGCCUACUGCAAAACAAAAAAGCAGAGGAAAAAGCUCCAUGAUCGUCUGAGGCAGAGCCUACGAAAUGAGAGAAACACCAGGGCCAGUAUGGCCAAUGGUCCUCAGAUUAAUAACACUCCCCUUGAAAACGUCCAGCUUGUCAAUCAAUUUGUGUCUAAAAAUGCAUUGCCUGCGCAGCAUGUAAUCGAGAAGGAAACGGAAACGUCCUUUUCCACGAACCAGUACACAUCAUCUGCACAUCAGUCCACAACGGUCACCCACACCUCCAGUCAAAGCUGGAGUAACGGCCGCAGCGAGAGUGCCCUCUCCGACAGCCGCUCUGUCUUGGUGAUGUCAUCGGGAGAGAACAGCCGGCAAGCCACACCCAGCCACCGGGGUCGUCUGAACGCCACGGGUGGCGCCAGAGACCUGAGUGCCUACCUAAAGAACUCUGGAGACACGCCAGACUCCUACAGGGAUUCUCCGUACAGUGAGAGGUAUGUGUCAGCGAUGACCACCCCAACCCACCUGUCUCCUGUGGAGCUGCUCUCUCCCGUGACCCCGGGCUCCCCCCCCUCUGAGAUGUCGGCCCCCUUGUCCAGCCUGGCCUCGGUCCCCUCUGUGGCCGUCAGCCCAUCUGGCGAGGAGGAGCGCCCCCUGCUGUUCACCACCCCGCCACGCCCCGACCACCAGUCUAAGAGGAACUCUGCCCACUACAACCACGGCCAUGAGGCCCACAGCCCCCCGCCCAGCCCGCUGAGGAUCGUUGAGGACGAUGACUAUGAGACCACGCAGGAGUAUGAGGCGGUCGGCGCCGCCGCCCCGGUAACGCCCAUUCCCCCGCAGAGCCUUCCUAAGAAACUCGCCAAGAACAGCAACGGUCGCCGGGCCAAAAGAACAAAGCCCAAUGGCCACGCAACGGGCCACAAAAUGGAGUCCAACGACCUAGGUAGCAGUACGGAGAGCGAGAUGGAGGAGGAGGAGGAGGAGCGUGUGGGAGAGGACACACCCUUCCUGAGCUUACAGAACCCCAUGGCGACAGGUGUGGAGCCUCUUGCAGAUGGCAGCAGGACUAACCUAGCACUCCGACUCUCCCCACAGGACAACCUGCAAGCCAGGUUAUCCAGUGUCAUCUCCAAGCAAGAUCCAGUUGCUGUAUAAAAUGAAAAAUAUAGCUUAGAAAAAUACUUCAGUCAGAUUCAAAAAGAAAUAAGUCACUAUUAAACCUUUAUUUUCUAUAAAUUAAAGUAUUUGCGGGAAAAAAAAAAAAAAAGAAUAUAUAAAUAACUAAAAAACUUAUUUUAGCGAAGUAGUGAAUAAAGUAUUUUAUAAAUAAAAAAAUGUGUACGUGUUCAUGUCAAGAAAGUGGAAUAAACUAGUAUGUAGCAAUGGUUCGCAGUAUUUCAAUAGAAAAAAUAUCAAUGGUGCCUUUUAAUUUCCGUUUGGUGUGCUUAUUGGAACUGCAUGCCUCUGGCCCAUAUAUUCAGGACUUUCAUCUCCCUGUUGACAUGUCGACUCUACUUUGAAAACAAAAAUAUCCACCAGCACUAUAGUAUGCAUUUACUAUAAUUACCUGUAUGAACUACUCACUGUAAGCUUCUGAAGCUCCAUACAAUGGUAUAAUACUGAAUCUGUGGUAUUGCUUAUGCGUUCAAAGGCAUGUCGUUUUCUCCUCAUUUACAGUAAUGCAGUCCUAACCUACUAACAGAGGUGCAUACAACAAAGUAUUUUGUGUUUAUCAAGCUAACACAACACCCAAAUAUUAUACAGGUUUUCAAGAUUUUCCCACUCACUUUUUUGGUCGAUUUUAAAUGGUAAAAUAACAUUUGAUUUGAAGUUUUUUUUUAUGCUUUUCUUGGACCGUUAGCUAUCAUAAUAGAACAUUGCUUACCAAGGCAACCAGCUAGGAAGAAUGUUGAACGUGUAAUCUGAUGAACUUGUAUCAACACAUUGAUACUAGAAGCAUGAAUGAAGUAAAGAAAGUUGAUUGGAUAUUAUUUUCAGAUCAUUGGGAAACUGUUAGAUUUAGUGUCUCGGGACAUGUGAUACAUUCAUCCCAUUUAUUGAAUGAAUGCACUAUAUAGCUGUCCUUUCCAUUAUGUGUUGCGUUCCAUAUAAUGGAACAAAUUAUUUUCAAAAGCCAGAUUGGUCAGAUGAGAAGGAAUUCAUGUAUUUAGUCAUCUCUGGUUAAGCAAUACUCUAAGAUUCUUGCUCUCAAUGUCAUGAUUUGCAAGUCCAAAUUGUGGAGAUAUGUACCAAAUGAAUGAUUGUGGAGAUAUGUACUGAAUGAAUGAUUGAAUAUAUGGCUCACGUGUUCAGUCUUUCAACAACACAUCCGUGGGUUCCUAAGUAAUGCAUUGUGGGGAUCAAAGAUAAAGAACCAUUUUGAAAUAAGGUAGAUAUCGAGAGGCUUUUCAUUUGUUUCAACUCUGUUUUAGUACAUUAGUCAACUUCUGCUUUUUUGUCCUUCCAAACAGUCAUGUAAAAUAUUACAUUAUCCAAAGUGUUCCUUUGUGUUCAUACAGUGCAUAUUUGUUUUCAGCCGUCUGACUUUGUGUUAGUAUGUAAAGUUAUCUGUGUAAUAUUAUCAACAUUAGCCUAUUUUAUUAUAUAAUAUUUAUGUUAUAUCCCAAGGAUACAUUCAGGAGUCAUGCUACAUGAACCACAUGAAAUAUGGUUGAAUGAGAAGUCAUGGCCUGUUGAAGACUGUCACCAAUAUUUUGUCACUAGAA